AUGGAACUCUCUGGAUUUCCACAUCAGGUCGGAGGUCACUUUGGAUUGCUUCAAUGCACUGGCCAUGUUGCGAAGCCUAUGAAUGCACGAGAACUAGCCUUCUACGAGUUGAUGGGCGAAAACUUGCGUCAAUUCGUUCCAGAUUACUGCGGACGUGUACGAGUGUGUGCCACGGUAGACGAUGACGGUGAUCUUCGCUUGGUUGCAGAACCGGUUGUAGAGUGCCACCCGAAACUGAAACGAUCAGGGUCGGUGCGUUUUCAUCUGGAUGAGACUGGAAAAGUUCAGGUUAUCACGGAGAGAGUAGCGAACAACUAUUGGGCUGCCGAGUGUCAGAGCAAGGUUGUGCAUAAAUUACUUGAAGGCUCUUAUUCAUGGUUCAUAUUGCUGAAUAACAUUGUAGCAACAUUCUCACGGCCGUGCGUCCUUGAUCUCAAAAUAGGAACGCGACAACAUGGUGAUGAUGCAUCUGAGUCAAAACGUCAUCGUCAGUUGCGGAAGUGUCGAGAAUCAACGAGUGCAACGUUAGGUGUAAGGAUAGUAGGUAUGCAGCUGUACGAAUCCAGAACGAAGUCCUACACCUUUGUUGACAAGCAAGAAGGCCGCCGGAUUGACGCAGCGCAAUUUCGUUCACAUCUUCAGAGAUUCGUACGAGCGUGUGGGAUUGGACGAGCUGCCCGACUUCGGCAUAGGUUACGAGAAUUGCGUGCGAUACUUAUGGAAUGCAUAGGCUAUCGUUUUUUCUCGUCAUCAUUACUAUUUGCCUUCGAUGCUGACGCGGCCGAUUCCACAACAGAUGAUGCGAUUCGAUUACGCCUCAUCGACUUUGCACAUUCAACAUUCCCCGGUUUUGCGCAGGAUAUCGCCUACGAAGGUGUGGAUGAAGGUUGCUUACUGGGCAUCGACAGUAUUCUGGCGGCCAUCGAUGUCGCCCCGUGUCCCGCCCCCGUCACCACUGCCGCAGUUACUACCGCUGUUCCCGGUGAUGUGGCCCCGACGUGA